CAGUUUUAUUUAAAAAAAUCCGUAGAUAAGCUGUAAAAUAUUUCAAUAGAAUCUGCCGAAACUAAUAGGAAGUUCAACGUUAAAAAAAUUAUAAAAACUCAACGGAAUUUUCCAGGAAAUUUGUUGGAUUUUUAAAAAAUCUAAUUCCGAUCUCAUUUCAUCGUCUUUUGUGUUAAAAAUUCAAAGUGUCUGUGUUUAAUUCAAAGAAUUAAAUCUUUUUCGAAGGGAAUGGAGUGCUGCAAGCGCCGGCGCAGCUGAAAAUCUAUUUAUAAUAUUCGGAAGAUCAUUCACGAUGGAAUAAAGCGCUGAAUCCACCCUGAAGCCAUUCUCUAUCAGUUUUAUCUCUGAAAUACUGUGCUCUCAGGGCUGCAUUCAAAAUUACAAAUUUUUACCUGUCUACGAGGCGUUGAGGCACAAGGCUUGCGACACAUCUGCUCCCGAUCAAUAAACAUGUGACGCGCUUUGUGUUUUCCCUGGCGUACAGUUGCUAAGACAGUUCAGCAGGACGAAACGAGCCUCGGUAAAUAAGGAUGAAAUAAACUGAGGGAAUUAUUGGGUGAAGGAUGAAAACAGCAACUACAAGGCAAAUAAUUGGCUGCAUCGGGAAAUGCCUGUCAGGUCUGAGUGUCGAUGAGCUCGAUGCUCUGACCGACAGCGUCCACAACACCCUGGGUCGUCAUCAGGGAAGAAAAAUAUUCAGGGAGUUCCUUCGCAAAGGAAAACGCCAGGACGACCUCAAAUGCUUGGACUUUCACGAGCAAUGCUGCAGAUACAUCGAAAAUGAUAGGGAUUAUGUUCUAUCCACACCAAACUCAAACGUGAAAAUGCUGAUAAACGACGUGAGUGAGGCGUUUGAUACUGCUAUCGAACUGGAGAGAAUUCCCGAAAUAGACAUGACGAUUUUGGACAAAUUCAACGAGGCCUUGAACACCCCCCGCAGAGAAGCCCUGCUGCAGGUUCUCGAGGAGACCAAACUGAGACUGGAAGAGCAUCUCAACGUAUCCCACAAGGAUUUCAGGAUUUAUGUUCGUGAGCCGUGUCCAAGCACGAGAUGAUUGAAAUUAAAAUAGAGAUUGUUACGAGAUUUAUGAGUUUAAUGAACAGCUAAUUGUAUUUUUUAAUUUAUCAUACAAUUAAUUAUCACGAGUGGAUGAAUAAAGGAUGAGGUGUCUCGACAAUGGAGAAAUAACAGA